AUGAGAUCCAUUGAUGAAGAGAUGAUUGAAAGAAAGAAGAACCCUAGUCCUCCUCCAUCCACACUUGUUGAACUUUGUGUAAAGAAAGCAAUAGAUGAUCUUAAAUAUCUUGGGGACGUAGGAGAAACCGAUAUAAAUAUUCUAGAUUCAAUCCUAUCUCAUUGCACAAUCCAACAGUUGGCGCACAUCGAAGAAUCAACCAAAGGAAGGGAUCUUAGCCAAGUGACGAACAAACUAUGGAAAAGAUUCUAUCAAUCAGAGUUCAGUGUAGAUAACGUCAAUCUUGUUAUUGAGAGAAUGCGUGAGAAUAAUGUAUCUUUUAAGUGGAAAAUGUUGUACUAUGCAAAGAAGAAGAAGGAUAUUGAAGAUGCUCAAGAGAAGUCUUUCCAAAGAAUGAAGGAACUUUACAAACAAGAAGAUGAACGUAAACAGAAGAGACAAAUCAAGAUCUGUAACGAAGUUGCACCAUCUAAUAAAAGAAGUUUCUUUGGAGGAUAUGGUCCAAGCACAACUAACACCAAAAGCAACAUAUUGAAGAAGGCAAAAACACAACUUCUUAAAAGUCAAGAGGUGAAGAAUUUAAAAGCUUUGAAGAUGAAUACUGUGCAUAGGAAUAAUUGUCUUCCUAUUAGAAAGCCACCUCUUAUGAACCCUGGAAAGAGCUCUGCUGCUUCAAGUUCAAAUCAUGGUGGACCGACCAAGGGAAGAAGACUCUGCUGA